UCUGAGAAUGGAGAGGAGAAAAUGGAGAGGAGAGGAGGGCGGAUGAGAUUUACACGAGAUGGAGAAAAUUGAGGGCGCUGGAUUGCGUGGCCUGGAAGGCUGGGGUAGUUACCAGCUUCAAAAACCAGUUGGCAAAAUCUGAAAGUGUUGCUGGAGGAACUGGGAACAUAUUCAAGAGGCGAUGCACUCGUGGGGCAGCAUCGACCAACAGCUCAGAGAGCCUCGGAGCGGCCUAGGCCUUGGGAAGGGCCGUGACUCUAACCCGGGCCGCUCGGAACCACCCAGGGAGCAGCAGUUCUUGCCGCGGCCGCCGCGCGCGGAGCCUAGAACACACCACACGAGCCGCCCCCGCCCCACAGCCCUGACGCCCACGCGGAGCCAGACCCGCGCGCGCGCGCGCCCCGGUCACCCCCGCGCCUGCGCGCUGCCCAGGCCCUGCCCGAGUGUGGGGGCGCCCGCGGCCCCGGGGGGGUGGGGGAAGUAGGGGGCAAAAAAACAGAACGCGGACCAGGGCCAGGGUUGCCCACCCCCUGCCACAAUGGCGUCUGGGGUGGAAGUCCUGCGCUUCCAGCUGCCUGGCCACGAGGCCGCUACACUGAGGAACAUGAACCAGCUCCGAGCAGAGGAGCGGUUCUGCGACGUGACCAUUGUGGCCGACAGCCUCAAGUUCCGCGGCCACAAGGUCAUCCUGGCUGCCUGCUCCCCUUUCCUGCGGGACCAGUUCCUGCUGAACCCCAGCUCUGAGCUGCAGGUCUCACUGAUGCACAGUGCACGCAUAGUGGCCGACCUGCUCCUCUCCUGUUACACGGGUGCCCUGGAAUUCGCCGUCAGAGACAUCGUCAACUACCUGACCGCAGCCUCCUACCUGCAAAUGGAGCACGUGGUGGAGAAAUGCCGGAAUGCCCUCAGCCAGUUCAUCGAACCAAAAAUAGGCCUCAAAGAGGAUGGGGUCAGCGAUACCAGCCUUGUGAGCAGUGUCAGUGCCACCAAAUCCCUACUCCCUCCUUCCAGGACCCCAAAGCCAGCCCCCAAACCCCCACCCCCACCCCCUCUACCCCCUCCGCUCCUGCGGCCUGUGAAGCUGGAGUUCCCGUUGGAUGAGGAUCUGGAGCUAAAGGCCGAAGAGGAGGAUGAAGACGAGGAUGAGGAUGUGUCUGAUAUCUGCAUUGUGAAGGUGGAGUCUGCCCUGGAGGUGGCACACCGGCUCAAACCUCCCGGAAGUCUGGGAGGAGGCCUGGGCAUCGGAAGCUCGGUGGGCAGCCACCUGGGGGAGCUGGCCCAGAGCAGCCUGCCCCCCAGCACCGUGGCCCCACCACAGGGUGUGGUGAAAGCUUGCUAUAGCCUGUCCGAGGAUGCGGAAGGGGAGGGCCUGCUGUUGAUCCCUGGAGGCCGGGCCAGCGUGGGGGCCACCUCGGGCCUGGUGGAGGCAGCAGCAGUGGCCAUGGCUGCCCGGGGGGCGGGGGGCAGCCUGGGAGGGGGGAGCAGCCGGGGUCCCCUGCCUGGGGGCUUCUCCAGUGGUAACUCUCUAAAGAACAUCAAGUGCACCAAGUGCCCAGAGGUAUUCCAGGGCGUGGAGAAGCUGGUCUUCCACAUGCGGGCGCAGCACUUCAUCUUCAUGUGUCCGCGCUGCGGCAAGCAGUUCAACCACAGCAGCAACCUCAACCGCCACAUGAACGUGCACCGGGGUGUCAAGUCUCACUCUUGUGGCAUCUGCGGCAAGUGUUUCACACAGAAGUCCACGCUGCACGACCACCUCAACCUGCACUCAGGAGCAAGGCCCUAUCGCUGCUCCUACUGCGAUGUGCGCUUUGCUCACAAGCCUGCCAUUAGGCGACACCUCAAAGAGCAGCAUGGCAAGACCACUGCCGAGAACGUGCUGGAGGCCAGCGUGGCCGAGAUCAACGUCCUCAUCCGCUAGCACUGGCCCGGCAGGCCUGGGUCCUUGAGCUGGGUGAGAAAGGGGUUCCUUGGCCCAGGAGAAUAGGGGGUUGGGGAUCAGAGAGGACAGAUAUGGUGGGGAACUUAAGCAGACACACACACCCUGAGGGGCCCAAGAUUUCUUGAGAGAAGAUCCUGCCUCUUCAGAAGAAAAGGAUGGAGAGGGAGAGGGUUCUUUGGGAAGGCCAAGGGAAUAUAGGGUCCCAGAGAGAUCGUAUUAAAGAUACAUGGAUAUGUGGAGAGAGGGAAAGGGUCCUACAAAAUGAGGCAAAACAACUGGAAAAUGUUUUAUUCCUAGCUAAGCCUGCCCAGGGAGAGGUCUGACAUUUCUUGAGGUAGUGUUGGGUGGGUGGGAAUUGGGAGGGAAUUUGGCAGGAAUUUUUUACAUGCUCCAGCUUAGAAUAGAUGCUUGGGAGAGGGACUGGUAGUGGGAAGGAUUAUUGAAUCCCAGAAAGGAAGGGAGGGCAGGUCUUGCAUGUGGGGGGAAUGGGGCUGUGGGUACAAGGCUCACCAAAAUUCUAGGGAGAACAAGGUGGCAGGUAAGAGAUCAUGGGGGUGAGCAUACUGGAUAGAUAAUGGGAAGUGGGAUACAAUAAUAGCAAGAACAGGGAAUGGGGGUGGGGGUAGGGCAUUUAGAUGAAAGGACACGAGAAGGGCUGUUUAGGGGGAGGGAGAGGAGAGUUAUACAGUAUUUUUUUUAAAAAGCAUAUUUUUUAGGAUUUUUUCUGGAGUUUGGGGUUUUAGGGUUUUGUGGGGGUUUUGUUU